AUGGCGAAGGGAAUGAAAGUGAAGAAAUAUGAAGAGUCCCUUAAUUAUGUGAUUUUGUUGUCCGAAUCGGAUUCCCUGCGAUUUCCCAAUAGUCUGAAUCAAUUGAAACAACUCUCGAAUCUAUUACUCGCUUACAGUCAAGUGAACGGCACAUAUGUUUUCAUAUUGUUUUGCUCGGCCUAUGUCUUCAAACAGACGUUUGCGAUCCCGGGAUCACUAUUUCUGAACCUGUUGGCCGGCGCUCUCUAUAACGUGUGGUUGGGUUUCCCGUUGUGUUGUUUUUUGACAGCAAUCGGCGCUUCCUUUUGUUACACUCUGUCCUCCGUUUCCGGAAAGGUUUAUAUCGUUAAGUAUUUUCCAACACGUAUUGAGUUCUUGCGGCAGAAAGUGACUGACAAUCGAUCGCAACUCAUAUAUGUACUCCUCUUUCUUCGUCUCUUCCCAAUGAGUCCCAAUUGGUUUCUGAACAUCGCUUCGCCAAUCAUUGAUAUACCUAUUCAUCUAUUCUUUAUCUCCGUUUUCAUCGGUUUAAUGCCAUAUAAUUUCAUAUGCGUUCAAACGGGUUGUUUGAUCUCACAAUUGAAUUCAUUGGACGAAGUGUUGGACACAUCGACUGUUUUGAAAAUGAUUGCGAUCGCAAUCGUCGCUCUUUUGCCCGGAUUUUUGUUUAGAAAAAAGACCAAAAUUUAGUCAAAUAGUAUUUAUAAAUGUUUUUUAUUUUUAUUAAA